AUGAUCUUUCUCUUUGCUAUUAUCGGUUCUAUUCUUCUCCUCUCCUUGAUUCACUGGAAGAGAGCUCCUCGAUCCAUUCCUCCGGGCCCAGCACCUCUUCCAAUCAUUGGCAACCUUCAUCAGUUUGCCCGCCUAGUUCCAUUGAAGACUUUCCAUAACUGGCAUAAGAAGUAUGGAUCGAUCGUUGGACUCACUCUCGGGCCUAGGACCGUCAUCAUCUUGGGUACUCACGCCAUCAGCAAAGAACUCCUAGGUGGCCGAGGCCAAGUCUACAGCUCCCGACCGUAUAUUCCCCUAGUCUCAGACAAUAUGACCGGUGGUCUAAACACGGCCCUCAUUCCUUACGGGGAGAGGUGGAAGAACCAUAACCGCAUCCACCUCGCGUUGUUGAAUCCUCGCAUGGCCAAGCUAUACGAGGGCCUUGUGGACUUUGAAUCCAGGAGAUUGCUGAAUGGGCUCUGCUCGACCAAGGACUUCUCCACUGUUAUUUACCGCUACACCGCGAGCUUGAUCCUGGCAUUGCAAUAUGGCAAGUCUGUCGAUGUGAAUGAUCCGAUCGCAAAGGAGUUCAAGGAGAUUACACACAAAUUUGUCAAAGCGAUUGGGGCAGGCAGCUUUCUUUUCGAGUGUUUCCCCGUACUGCAACGGAUCUCGCCAUCGAGAGCGCCAUGGAUUAAGUCGAGCCACGAACUACACCAUGCCACGACGGGUUUAUUCUCUUCCAGCGCAAAGAAAGGUCUCGAUGCGAAAGAAUGGAACUGGUCCAAGUACGUGCGGAAUCUGAAAGAUACUCAUGGGAUGCCUGAGGAAGAGGUCUGGUAUCUGAUGGGUAUUCUAUACGAAGCGGCGACGGACACCAGUGUGGCUAUUCUGCGGUUCUUCGUCAUGGCGUGUGUUCUGCACCCCUGGGUGGUUAAGAAAGCGCAAAGCGAGCUGGACGCCGUGGUCGGAGAAUCUCGACUGCCCAAUGAAGAAGAUAUGGGGCAGUUGCCGUACGUUAGAGCCAUCAUUAAUGAGGUCAUUCGGUGGCGUCCUGCAACUCCGGAGGGGAUCCCCCGUGCGACCUCUACCGAUGAUUUCUAUCAAGGAUAUCAUAUUCCAAAGGGAGCAACUGUGAUUGUCAAUAUGUGGGCUAUGCACAUGGACCCAGAUGUAUACGAUAACCCGGAAUCAUUCCUUCCGGAAAGGUGGAUCGAAAACCCUAACUUACCGUUGGGAAUCUUUGGAUAUGGUAGGAGAGCGUGUGCAGGACGUCAUUUUGGACAAAUAUCGCUCAACAUGGUCAUUUCGCGAUUGCUUUGGGCUUUCUCGUUUAGUCAUAGCUAUGAGAAUGGCCGCCGCGUUGAGAUCGAUCCUUGGAAUUUGGAGCAGCACGGGGCCAGUUUGAGACCAGCGCCGUUCCCUGCUGAUAUCAAACUUCGGGAUGAGGGCCGCCGGGCAGUUCUCCAUAAGGGCCCUGACGUAGAAAGGAGUGUUGAUGAGCUUUUAGCUCAAGUGGAACAAGAGCUCACUUAG